AGAAAACCAAUCGGUUUAGACUUUAAUAAAUAAACCCUAAUUCUAAUUGACACUCCCAUCCUCUAUAAUCGAAUACUUUCGACGGCGACACCUUCCCAUCUUCUUCACAUCUCCGUUUUGCAUUGCGGUUGUUGUUGCUGCUAAAGAAGAAGGAUGACGUCACGUUUUUUCGCUCAGGGUGCUACUGAUAGCGAAGAUGAGAGUGAUUACGAGGAAGAGAUCACGGAGGUUCAGAACAACAUCGAUAGCCGUUACCUCGACGGUGGCAGCGACGAUGACGACGACACGGAUACCAAGCGUGUCGUCAAGCCGGCGAAGGAUAAGCGUUUCGAGGAGAUGACGCACACCGUUGAGCAGAUGAAGAACGCUAUGAAGAUCAAUGAUUGGGUCAGCCUCCAGGAGAAUUUUGAUAAAGUCAACAAACAGCUUGAGAAAGUUAUGAGGAUCACUGAGGCUGUGAAAGCUCCGAUCUUGUAUAUCAAGACGCUUGUGUUGCUGGAGGAUUUCUUGAAUGAGGCUUUGGCUAAUAAGGAAGCGAAGAAGAAGAUGAGUCCUAGCAAUUCCAAGGCGUUGAACGCUAUGAGGCAGAAGCUGAAGAAGAAUAAUAAGCUGUAUGAAGAGGAUAUCGUUAAGUACAGGGAGGCUCCAGAAGUUGAGGAUGACAACGAAGGAGAAGAUGAUGACGAAGAGGAUUCUGAGUUUGAGGAUGAUGUUUCCAUAGAGGAUGUGACUGUAGAGCCAGUGGACGAACCUGUUGAUGAUAAUCGCUGGGAGACGAUGAAGAACAAGGGAGAAAGGGAAAUGGAGAAGCUGCUUAGCAAAGAUCCUAAAGAGAUCACUUGGGAGUGGGUCAACCAGAAGUUCAAAGAGAUUGUUGCUUCUCGUGGGAAGAAGGGGACUGCUCGAUUCGAGCUUGUUGAUCAGCUUACACACUUGACAAAGAUUGCCAAGACUCCUGCGCAGAAGCUCGAAAUCCUUUUCAGCGUUAUCUCAGCACAGUUUGAUGUGAAUCCGGGUCUCAGCGGACACAUGCCCAUCAAAGUCUGGAAGAAAUGCGUGCUCAACAUGCUCACCAUACUUGACAUUCUUGUCAAGUACAAUAACAUUGUUGUGGACGACACGAUUGAGCCUGAUGAGAAUGAAUCUUCAAAGCCAGCAGACUAUGAUGGAAAGAUUCGGGUCUGGGGAAACUUGGUUGCGUUCAUUGAGAGGAUUGACACUGAGUUUUUUAAGAGUUUGCAGUCCAUUGAUCCUCACACCCGUGAGUACGUUGAGAGGCUGAGGGAUGAGCCCAUGUUCUUGGCCCUUGCUCAGAACAUCCAGGACUACUUUGAGCGGAUGGGUGAUUUUAAAGCUGCUGCAAAGGUGGCCUUGAGACGUGUUGAGUCAAUAUAUUACAAGCCCCAGGAAGUUUAUGAAGCUAUGAGGAAAUUGGCUGAGUUGGCUGAAGAAGAUGAUGAAAAUGAGGAGGACGAAGAGGAAAAUGGACCUCCUUCUUCAUUCAUUGUUGUUCCAGAGGUUGUUCCCCGUAAGCCUACCUUCCCAGAGAGCGGCCGAGCAAUGAUGGAUCUUCUUGUGUCCCUUAUCUACAGAAACGGAGAUGAGCGGACCAAGGCCCGUGCAAUGCUGUGUGAUAUCUACCACCAUGCUUUGAUGGACAACUUUGGGACUGCUAGAGACUUGUUGCUAAUGAGUCAUCUCCAAGACAACAUUCAGCACAUGGACAUCUCAACACAGAUUCUCUUUAACAGGACCAUGGCGCAGCUUGGUCUUUGUGCCUUCAGGGUUGGAAUGAUCUCUGAAUCCCAUAGCUGCCUCUCUGAGCUGUACUCUGGUCAAAGAGUGAGGGAGUUACUUGCCCAAGGUGUCUCGCAAAGUCGGUAUCAUGAGAAGACACCCGAACAGGAAAGGAUGGAGAGGAGAAGACAAAUGCCAUACCACAUGCACUUAAACCUCGAGCUCCUUGAGGCUGUUCAUCUCAUUGGUGCCAUGCUACUUGAAGUCCCAAACAUGGCAGCAAACUCGCUUGAAGCCAGACGCAGAGUGAUUAGCAAGAACUUCCGUCGCCUGCUCGAGAUCAGUGAGAGGCAAGCGUUCAAUGCACCACCAGAGAAUGUGCGUGAUCACGUCAUGGCGGCCACCAGAGCCUUGACCAAAGGAGAUUUCCAGACGGCGUUUGAAGUUUUGAACUCCCUUGAUGUCUGGAGACUGCUGAAGAACCGGGACAGCAUCCUCGAAAUGGUGAAAGCUAGGAUCAAAGAAGAGGCUCUAAGGACUUACCUGUUCACAUACUCGAGCUCCUAUGAGUCACUUAGCCUUGACCAGCUGGCUAAGAUGUUUGAUCUCUCCAAAGCUCUGGUUCACAGCAUUGUGAGCAAAAUGAUGAUCAACGAAGAGCUUCAUGCAAGCUGGGACCAGCCCACACAAUGCAUCGUCUUCCAUGAAGUGCAACACAGCAGAUUACAGUCAUUGGCUUUUCAGUUAACCGAGAAACUCUCGGUUUUGGCAGAAAGUAACGAAAGGGCAAUGGAAGCUAGAACCGGUGGAGGUGGUCUUGAUCUGAGUUCAAGGAGAAGGGACAACAAUCAGGACUAUGCAGGCGCAGCAUCAGGUGGUGGGAAAUGGCAGGACAACAUGAAUUCUGGAUAUGGAGGAAGACAAGGUAACAACAGAUCUGGAUAUGGAGGAAGGCCAGGACAGCCUAGAGACUGGUCGGGCCAGAACCGAGGAGGAGCAUAUGCAGGAAGAGCUGGCUCAGGAAACAGAGGUGGUAUGCAAAUGGAUGGCUCAAGUCGUAUGGUGAAUCUUAACAGAGGUGGUCGCCCUUAAAAGACGUUGAGGAGAUAUCUGCAGGCAGUGUUUUGACCUUUAGCUCGUUUAAGACCUUUCAUUGCAUUUUCUUGUUCAUCGAUUGAAACUUUUGAAUCUUUUCUUUUUGUUUCAGCAAGUUGCUUCAGAACUUAGAAUUACUUGAAGUCUGCAAAUGAAGAGAACUUUUUUUCAAAGACACUA